CUCUCGUUUUGCUCACUACAUUUACCCGUCGUUGAACCGUUUCUCUCAUUUUCCAUCUCUUUCCAAGCCCUUCAUCUUCCCGCUCCGAUCUUCUCUUUCUGAAACUUGAAUUUGAAGCGUAUUUGAUAGUUCCUCCGAUCCGAUUCCGAUCUCAUGGCACGUCACGAUCCUAAUCCGUUUGCGGACGAGGAGGUCAAUCCUUUCGCGAAUGCUACAAGUGUUCCUCCUGCAAACGCGUAUCUGAAGCCGCUACCACCUGAACCGUAUGAUCGCGGUGCCACUGUUGACAUCCCUCUCGAUUUGGGAAAGGAUCUUCGAACUAGAGAGAAGGAACUCCAGGCUAAGGAAGCUGAACUAAAGAGGAGGGAACAGGAACUUAAACGGAAAGAAGAUGCAAUAGCCCAAUCCGGUGUUGUCAUCGAAGAAAAGAACUGGCCCGAGUUCUUUCCCAUCAUUCACCAUGACAUUCCAAAUGAGAUACCGAUUCAUUUACAGAAGAUCCAGUACGUCGCCUUUACCACAUUGUUAGGUGUGGUAGGAUGUCUCUUGUGGAACUUUGUGGCAGUAACCACGGCUUGGAUCAAGGGAGAAGGUCCGACGAUAUGGCUCCUCUCAUCCAUCUAUUUCAUUUCCGGUGUCCCUGGAGCUUACGUGUUUUGGUACCGUCCUCUUUAUCGAGCUACAAGGACUGAUAGUGCCCUCAAGUUCGGAACCUUUUUCUUCUUUUACUCGCUUCACAUUGGUUUCUGCAUCUUUGCUGCCGUUGCUCCGCCCAUCAUCUUUGAAGGGAAGUCUCUCGCAGGUGUCUUGCCGGCAAUUGAACUCAUGACUAGUAAUCUUGUGGUUGGGAUACUCUAUUUCAUUGGUGCCGGGUUCUUCUGCGUCGAAUCACUUCUCAGCAUCUGGGUCAUUCAGCAAGUAUACGCAUACUUCCGAGGCAGUGGCAAAGCCGCAGCUAUGAAGCAGGAAGCCACAAGGUCCACCCUUAUGCACGCACUAUGAGACAGACUGAAUCAGUGGUAAGGUGGUUUGAGGUUGUUAAUCUCGAAUGAGCCACAAACUCUGCUAACUCUUAUUUCUUUCUCCAAACCAUAGGAAUCUAAAUUUUUCC